CCUCCCUACGCAAUAUUUGUAUACUUUGUUGUGUUGUGAUAGCAGCUCCCAAAAACUAGGUCUCCAGCUCCCAACGACUUCUCUUUCACACAAAGAGAGAGGAAGGGAGGGAGGGAGAAAGGGAAGAAGGAAGAAUCAAGAAUUAUGCCGACGUUCACGACAAUUGCUCUCGAAAAUCUACUAGAACAUAGAAAUCCGAGCACGAAUUCGUCGACUCUCAAGAGCCAACAACCCUCCACCAACAAACCUAACUAUCUUCAAAAUCAUGUAGAACAAAACGAUGAAGCUAAAGAGGAGGAGAAAUUUAAAGCAAGGAAGAGAUUGAAUCACAUCUACAUAUCACCUGCUCUCUACACGACUCCAGAACCGACUCCGAUUUUGGAUUAUUCUUCAUCUGGCUCUGUCUCGUCCUCACCGUAUGUGUUUAAUCGGAAGGGGCGUGGUGGGGGAAACUCCGCCAAUCGGAGAGUCGAUGGGUUUGAGGUUCAGGGAAGUGGGGCCCAGUCGGUUGGAAAUGAAGCUGAGACGUUGCUUGAUGGGAAAGACGAAUUGGUUGAGAGUAGUUUGAUUGGAGGAGGGGGUGAAAAUGGAAAUCGUGGUGAGGUUGAAGGUGAAGGUGCGGAUGAUGAUGAUGAAGACUUUGUAGAUCCUCGAUGUGAUUCGUUCAGUGUUGCUAGCUCGAGCGACCUGAAUGAUUCUGGGAGACUAGGGCUUGAGAAUAUGAGCGUCAUUUCUAAUCAAAUCGGGGAAUUCUACGACGCCAUUGAAGAUUUCUCCUCGGAUGGAUCUAUAAUGAGUUUAGCUUCAUGUAGCCGCAACCUAGAAUCAGAGUUGCACACCACAGGAAUCACUCUCAUUGAGGAGAUUGAGAAGCGGAAGAUCGCGGAACACGAACUUGCUACAAUGCACACUCAAUGGCAGAAAAUCAGCAAGAUUCUACUAUCUCAAACUGGCUUCACGUUUCUUGAAGCACCUUCAAGUGAAGGUGGUUGUAUGCAGUUUGACAUUAAUGAAAUGAAGCAGUUUUCUCAGGAAGUUGUUUAUGCUCGAUUUGUGGCAGAAGCCAUGGCAAAAGCUGAAGCUCAGGCGGAAGCUGAGCUGGCGGCAGAGGUGGUGAUAGGAUCCAAAGAUAAAGAGAUCUCCAGGUUGAAAGACAGGCUGCAAUACUAUGAGGCUAUGAUCCAUGAAAUGUCCCAAAAGAACCUUGAAUCUAUGGAGGUAGCAAGAAGGCAGAGAGAGAAGAAAAAGGGGCAUAGGAAAUGGUUAUGGAGUUGUAUAGGAAUGUCCAUUGUUAUUGGAGCUUCUGUGAUUGCUUACUCAUAUGCUCCACCUACUACUACUACUACUAAUACCGCAGAGUCUGAAUCUGGACAUGAUUAGUGGUUCUAUUCAUCAAUCUUACUUGUUUACAUGUCAAAUAAUGCAACAAAACAUUGAGGGGUGAUUAUGAUGACCAAAUGGUUGCCCAAAAAAAGUGAAGUUCACAAUUUUGGUACUGAUUACAAGUAGUUGGAUUUGGUUGGAUCUUUAAAAGGGUUUAAUACUGACCUGAUAAAAGUUAGGUUGUAGAUGAAAUGGAUUUAAUGAAAGAAAUGCUUUUGGCAUGCUAUUCAUUUGUUUUUUUUUGUGUUACAUGGUGUUUAGUUUAUGUAUGAUUUGUCAAAAUAUUGC